GCGGGGCAGGUGGCGCGCGCGCGGCGGGGCCGGUGCGCGGGGCGGCGGUCGAGCUGGGGCUGCCGGCCCCGGGCCCGCCGGUGCCAUGGACGGCCUGCGCCAGCGCCUCGAGCGGCUGCUGGAGCAGAGGAACGUGGUCACCGAGGCGCUCGGGGCGCUCGAAGCCAGGACUGGUGUCGACAAGCGGUACUUGGCCACGGGAGCCGCCACUCUGCUAGGCCUGUAUCUUUUGUUCGGUUACGGGGCGUCUCUGUUGUGCAACCUCAUCGGCUUUGUAUACCCCGCAUAUGCCUCAGUCAAAGCCAUCGAGAGCCCAAACAAAGACGACGAUACUGUGUGGCUCACCUACUGGGUGGUGUACGGCCUGUUCGGGCUGGCCGAGUUCUUCAGCGACCUGCUCCUGUCCUGGUUCCCUUUCUACUACGUGGGCAAGUGCGGCUUCCUGUUGUUCUGCAUGGCCCCCGGGCCCUGGAACGGGGCGCACCUGCUGUACCAUCGCGUCAUCCGCCCGCUGUUUCUAAAGCAUCACGAGGCAGUGGACAGCAUCGUGAGCGACCUCAGCCGGCGAGCCUUGGACGCGGCGGCCGGAGUAACCCGGGACGCCAAGGCCACCGUGAGCCAACUCCAGAAGGACAAGUGAAGCCCCCGCCCAGCCCGGACACAGACCUGCCUGCCAGCGAGCUGGAGGAGACAUCCCCACCCAAGUCUUCCACGGAUCCCUCGCCUGACUCCCCAGCGGAGCCCCCCACCAGCCCCGCACCCCCGAGCCAGC